AUGUCCGAUGAUGCCGGUCAAGUCUAUGCUCCACCCGCUCGCAUCGCCGCUCGCUUCUACCGCGAUUCCAAGUCUCGUCCAUACAAGUCCUCAGCAGCUUCGUCCCGUCGCAACUCGCUCUCUUCAAUUCAAUCACAUACCUCAACCCGUUCGCUACGUCGCUCUUCGUCAUGUCAAAGCAACUACAUCGCACAACACCUACGCAGAGCAUCCAUCAUGGAAGCCCGCAAAGCACGCCUUGCCGACCGCGCCGCCCACGUCGAAAAGGUCCGUUCAAGAGCCGCUAUGGCCAAAGCCGCUCCCAGAGGAGAUGCCAGUGCUAGUGAGGAGCGCGCUCUUGCUGCUCAAAUCGCUCGUGAGAACCAUCUCGCAAAAGUUGCUGCAGCAUGCGCCGAGGAGGUUCAGAGAGCAAAGCAAAAAGCACAAGAGAUCAAGCUCAGGAAACUAGAGGAAGAGAAACAGGCUCGCUUGGACAUGGAGGAGAGGAUGGCUGAUGCAGACAGGAGAAGAGCCGAGUACAAGCGUAAUUUGGUCUCACGCAGGACACGGCGAGCUAGCGAACAGGAGAAGAAGCUGGACGAUGUUACCGAAGCAGACGACGACACAACUUCCAAAGUGUCCGAAGAAACUGCCGCCGUAAGGAUACAACGAGCAUGGCGUAUGCGACAACGAAGCUUGGUUGUAAAAGCAUAUGCAGACUUUCAUCUCAGUCUGAAAGGUAUUCGAGAACGAUCCUUCGAGGAUGUUGGUACCUUGCUUUCAGGCACACCUAUCAUUCAGGCCACAACUCGAGUCCUUCGCCUCCUUGCCCUCCAAGAAAAUGACAACACGCCAUCACCUCAAGCUACACGGACUUUCCUCAGUGCUUAUCUUGUUAUCGUACAUCCAGCUUCCGUCUUCAGCAAAAAUGGUACUCAGGAGCAGCAUCUCAUUGCUAAAGCUCGCGAAUUGAUCGAGUCAUUCGAGUCUAUUCUGUCCAUGAUUUCCCGCUCAAACCGCCUCGAGGUACCAAACGACAGGCUUCAAGAUCUGUCACAACUGUAUACGACUUAUAUCAGUGCAUUCGAUGCAUGGAGAGCUCAAGAUUCAUCUGCUCUGGUCGAGACUAUGGUCGCAUCAUUUGUUGAGCUUGACGCCAUCUGGCAGACUGUCAAAGACGACACACAAGGCUCAGUCGCUGAAGAUUAUCGUCAAGGAAUUCGUGACAACCAGGUCAUGCUUCUCAGCAAGAUUCGAAAAUUGGCUGGGCCUGACCGUGCCGAUUUUCUCAUCAAAAAGUCCAUCCGCGAAAGCCGAAGAAGACGUGUUAAGAGAAGGUCUCCUGCCGAAGUCCGUCCUCGUGCUGCUACCGACAUCGAAGAUGGCGAAGCGGAGUCCUCAGGAUCACUACCCAUCGCCACCGAGACUCUAUCGCAAGGCGCAGCUUCAAGUGGUAUCGAAUCACAGGAUGACGUUCGCUUUAACCUCGCUCGCUUGUUCUCGCCUAUACCUAGCAAUCGCGUACUGACUCACGAGCUUGCCAUUGAUAAGGACUUCCGCAUCUCCUCUAGUGCUCAUUCAGACAUCCGCGAUGCCAUCAACCGCGAGCUUUGCGAUGGUAUGCGAGCCGGAGUUGAGCAUGGCAUGGGUACUCCAUGGACAGUCGCCAUGGCUCAGGAGAUCAGGGCCAAGCUUGUGCAUAUCGUGAAGCCUGGCAACUCGAUGCACAAUCUGAUUGUCGAGGCUUUGGACACUGAUCUCAUCUACCGACAAUGCGAGCAGGGCAUCUUUUCUUACGCCAACUUUUUCUCAUUCAUGGCCAACAUCCUGCCAAAGCUAUGUGCACCUUUCCGUGAUGCGCAAGUGAAGAUCUUGGCCGAAGAUCUUGAGUCAAACAAUGGCGAGGACAUGGGCGCUAUGAUUGAGAAGCUUUUCCGCCUGUUGCACUUCAUUGAUUUGCUCUCGCUCGAUUACUCCAACUUCCUGUUGAUGAACGCGGCACCUGUACUCAUCAGAGAGUCAGCUGGAUACGAAUCGCGAAUGUUUGCAGCAGACCUUACCUCGGGGAAAAUAACAUUGGCUGCAACCAGCCGCUGGUGGCGCAAUGCGAGCGUAAAUAUGCUGACUGAGGCCGAUCGCCGGGAUCCAGAGCAGGUCCGCAACCCUGCAGACAGGCCUUCAGUUCAUCACAUCUACACUCGUGGACUGGUUGAUACCACGUUCGGACAGGGUCCGAUCAGUACUAAUGAUGUGCCUGAGACCCUUGCUCUGGAUGUUGAGCGCCUGAGCACUAUCAAACAAAGAGCUUUGCAUGUGACCACGAUUGGUGCUAUCCUUCUGGUGGCCAAAAACAUGCUGAAGCGCGACGUGCGCAGUUCCUGGAAGGCCGAAGCUUCUCGUCUUUGGGAUCUUCUCAGUAAAGAGUCACCUUCCGAGGCCACAUCAGAAGACGCUUUGGCAAGCGUUUCAUCUCGCGUUUUUGGUGUGCUCGAAAACUCACACAACCUGCCACCAACGACCAAGACCGCAUUGCAAUGUGCGACUACUCGCAUCAUCACUCAAGCCUCCUCGCAACGCUUCACGGACCCUGUAGCCAAGGUCCUGUGCUCUAGACUUCGAAGUCACGUCUACUCGCGUGUUGUGGCCAAGACGUCGAGCGAGAGAGUCAGAGCCGCUAGUGGUGCAUCAGAAGCGUUGGCGAGUGCCGGGUUGCCAGAGUUCGUGACGCAAGUCGGUGAGAUGGUGGAACUCUUGAGGAAGGUGGCUGAGGUUGACUGGGCAUCUCACGGUGUUUGGUACGAGCAGGUCGCAAGCGAAGCCAAUGGCGCUGGCGAUGCCUAG